AUGGCCAUCAAGGCAACAUAUUCAACUUUCUGCGAGCCAGACGAUCCGGCGAAUAUUUCUAUCUACGAGAGCGAUGGAGCCACUCAGGACAAACUUGCCACAAAAGUUUUCACGGAGAACGGUCUGUUUCAACAGCACAUUGACACAACUUUGCGUCCACACUUACGCAUCGUCUCGAUCCAUUCUAAAGCAGCAUUAAGCCCACUACAAAUUUCAAGGGACGCCCUUGCGAUUCUACAGGACAAAUACAAUCUCGGACCUGAGCUAUGGGACUUGACUGCGACAUUCGGUAACAAACCUCUAAUUACAGCUGCCGGAGAAGGGGCAAUGAGAAUCAAAGACGGUGAAAACGGCGUCCGAGAUGUUUCUCACCGAUUCACGUUUCCAGUGACAGGAGGCCCCGGUCGCUGGACUAUGCGACAGAUAGGAAUUUUCCAUCGUCACGAUCCUAAAACACUUCAAAAUCUCUGGAUUUUCCUUCAUGCCAACCCCAAUACACCUGUGCAGAAGGAAAUUGAGAGUUUUGCCUCAAAGUCUUACAAGGACUCAGUACCUGAUUCCACUUGGUUUACACUCCAUCAGGCUGUUCUAACACCUUGUCUGAAUGGCUGGCGCUCCUACGUGAACCAUCUAGGUAACGACGUGGAUAGACACUUUGACAAAGCUCUCACUUUCGUCUACGAGAGCAUGAACAAUACUGUCAUGGCAAAGGGCGAUGGCAAUCUUGCGGAUAUCCAUAACACACGCAAUCGUCUCUUGGACAUCCCAUCCAGAUUAACGACAACUCUGGAUACCCUCCAAAGGCUUAGGGAUCUGAGCGUUACUCUUGGCUCUCACUCCAAGCAUAAAGACAAUGGCUUCAAAAAGCUUGCUGCAAGUGCAGCAUACUACAACGAACAUCUCGAAGCACUUGUCAAGGGGGUUGAAAUUAUGAAGGAGAAGGUGACAGAUAUGUUGAAAAUGAUUGAGAUAGGAUUGAGCUUCAGAAUGACUAGCAAGAUGCUCAACCUCAACAUUUCAAUGGUUGACCUGAACAACCGCAUGCUCAGUGCCAACGAACAGCUACUCCAUCUUGGAAACAAAAGCUUUGACGACAAUGCUACCGUCAAGGUUGUGACCAUUGUAACGCUCAUAUAUUUGCCAGCAAGCCUUGUAUCAUCAGUUCUCGGCAUGAACUUGUUCAAGUUUGAUGAUGGCACAACUGAUGAAUUCAAGAUAUCCAAACAAUUCUGGAUUUUUAUCGUUGCUACAAUCAUCUUGGCUGUCAUUACCCUCAGUGGAUGGUUUAUCUGGACUCAUAAGGAAGAAGUGAUGAGGCGAAAGUCUCGCCUUCCCAGUCAAGAUCCACCACAGGCUUCUGAGCAAGAUAUUGAACUCGAGGAAAGUUGA